AUGUCUUUUUAUCCCCCCGGCUGGGACUACGAGCGCGUGAUGAACUGCGCCGAUGAUGACUUCGACACUAUUACCGAGGGACAACAUACUACCCUAUUAAAUGGUCUUAAGGAAGCAGGUCUUUAUCAGGCUUUUGCAGAUAAAGUACAGCAAAGGGUCAUGGAAGACCUAGAGGCUGAAAGACUAGAUGAAGAAGCCACCAAAACAGAGGAGCAGAAUCUAGCCUAUCAUGACUGGUCGGAUUGGGGUUUUGUGAUAUUUCGGGCUACUCCCUAUGGACCUGAGCAUGAUGCGCAGUGGGCAGAAUUUCGCCGGCGCUGGGACCAGAUCAUCAAAGAUGAUUAUGCAGAUCAGCAAGGGUUUCGUCCCAAGUCGGAUCGGGCGAUUGAACUGCUGCGGUUUUAUUGGAUGGAAGAUACUUCAUUGGCAGGGGCGUCCCCGGUUGAGGUUUCUCGGCGCUUCGAUGAGAUGUGGAAGGACCUUUCCCUCGGCCUCGCCACCACAGCCUGUCUCAUGGUAACUCGUGCGGCUCUAGAGUCAUUCCUCAACUCACCACUUCCCUCAUCAGCGCCCCUAAGGGAUCGGAAGCAGAUUCCAUAUGUAGUUGCUGUCUCCAAGUUUGCUCACUAUCGACGCUCUGAGCCAUCUUAUAACGACGCUACUUCCAGCCAUCAUUUCAAAGGAUACUUUAAUGUCGCAGCUGAGAGCUUGUUAGGAAAGUUCUACCCCAUGGUCGCUCUGGACAUAAUGGACCUGCCUAGACUGACAGUUGGCAUGCGACAUGACAAGGAUAUCUGGUGCGAUACAUAUCGUGGAGGCAUAAACCACUAUGAGGAAGAGUCCUGA